AUGCUGAAGCUUAAGGCUUCGAUUGGGCUUCAGUAGAGGACCCGUGGUUAGUUUCUCUCUGAUCGAGAGAGUGGUUAAGUAGACGCGUCUGCAAUUAUGAAGGCGUGCGCCGUAUUGUCGACAGUUCUGUCGUUGCUGGCUUUAUUGCCAUCAUCGCCUGCACAGGAUAAUGAAUGCGGCAAAACCACGCAAGAUGAAAAAUUGAUUGUAAAUGGCAACGAGACCAAAGUGGACUUAUUUCCAUGGUACGUUGGUAUCUACCAAAAGAAUGAUGACGCCAAGACAUACAAGCAUAUAUGCAGCGGCACUCUAAUAAGCAAUAACUUCGUCGUCUCAGCUGCACAUUGUUUCUACGACGAGACUGAAAAUAAACCUUACAACGCGUCGAAUUACGCUGUGGGUGCCGGUAAACACUAUCGUUCUUGGGAUGCCCAGGAGCAGUACAGUCAGAAGUCGUUAGUGGAGUAUAUAAAAUUGCGCCGCAGGUACUUUGGGAUAAGAGGUAAUCUUGCCGAGGAUAUAGCUCUGGUGAAGCUGCAGAUGCCCUUAGAUUUGAACAUGCUGGUCAGACCCAUUUGCAUGGAUUGGCAAAACAUGUACGAUAAAGAGCAGCUACGAGAGGGGCAAUUAGGCAAGUUGGUUGGCUGGGAUAAAGAUAUUACUGACAAGCUCACAGAGAACUUAUACAAAGUUACUAUGCCAUACGUGCCGUAUCGGAAGUGUCGGAACGACGUACCUCUAGAAUUCCGCGGAUUAAUCACAUUCGAUAAAUUCUGUGCCGGCCCUAUGAAUGGUUCAAGCACCUGCGAUGGAUAUAACGUUAGCGGCAGCGGUCUAUAUUUUGAGAAGGAUGGUACUUGGUAUCUUCGUGGUGUCGCCAGCGUAUCCCUCCAGAAGAAGGACCAUUGCGAUUACACCUCUUAUAUUGCAUUUACCCGAAUAAAUCGCUACCUUAAGUGGAUUAAUUAUUUUUAUGUCAAGAUGUAAACAUCUAUUACGUCAUACGAUAUACGAAAUAUGUGGUCUAUGUUAUCGAAUCGGCAAUGACGCGAGACGAAUGGACAUGAUGGAUGG